AUGUUUACCAAAGCUAUCAUCCCCUUCGCACUCUUCGCUGCUGCUGCUCAGGCCAUUCAGAUUACCAAUCCCUCGAAUCAGACUGGAUGGGAAAGCACUGGAUCUCAGUUGAUCGAGUGGACUUCUGUCUCAACCGACCCCGGGAAUUUCUCAAUCUACAUCUCCCAACCUGGUUCUUCCGCCAAAGAAGUCAUCCAGAAAGACGUCCAGACCUCUGAAGGAUCGUUCAUCUAUACUCCUUCCAAGACUAUCUCUCCUGGUCAAGGAUAUCAAAUCUCUUUCUUGAGCAAUGAUAACAAUAACGGUAUUUUGGCUCAGUCCAAUCAAUUUGAAGUGAAGGAGGGCGAAUCUACCGUCUCACCCACGUCAACCGCUUCUCUCACCACCACAGCCGCUACCACCGCCUCACCCACUUCUGGUGCUUCCACCACUGCUUCUCAAUCUGAAUCAGCCACUUCAGCGGCCGCUUCUUCUUCUGGUAGCUCUUCGGCGGGUUACCUCGUAUCUGCCCCAUCAGCUAUUCUCCUCUUCGUAGCAGGUUUAGUCGGAGUCGGUACUUUGGCUUAA